GCUGGUUUCUGGAGAUUUCAAGUGAGAAAGGGACAAGCCUCGAACCCCUUCCCCUCUCAUCUUGCGUUGUUUAGAUUGUUUUUUUUCCUCCUUUGUUUUUUUUCUUUUAACCUUCCCUUUCCGCUCUUGUUUUUUUAUUACGCACAAUCGGAAGAUGUCGCCCAUAAAAGCGCUCGGAGUAUGACAAAAGAUUUAAGGAUGCUGGACUUGUGCUGCUCGUUUUGUUCCUCUCUUUUUACCUAAAUGCCAACACGGUGAAUGCGUCGGGCAGAGUGGACGAGCCUGCAGCCAGUGGUCCGCAUUCUGAACAUCUCGUCUUUCUUGAUUUGAUUUUUCUCUGGAGCGCCUUUAACAAGGAUGUAACAAGCGAUCCACCUUGCGCAGCUGAAGUCUCCUCAUCAAAAUGCAGAAGGGAAUACGACUUAAUGAUGGUCAUGUCACCUACCUAGGGCUUUUGGCGAAAAAGGAUGGUACAAGACGAGGAUGCUUGAGCAAAAAGAGCUCAGACAACACAAAAUGGCACACAAAGUGGUUCGCUUUGUUACAGAAUAUGCUCUUUUAUUUUGAGAACGAAUCCAGCUCUCGACCCGCGGGAUUAUACCUGUUGGAGGGAUGCAUAUGCGACAGAGCGCCUUCACCGAAACCUUCACUGUCAGCCAAGGAGUGUUUGGAAAAGCAGUACUAUUUCACUGUCAGCUUUACCCAUGAAAACCAAAAGGCACUGGAGUUACGCACCGAGGAUGUAAAGGACUGCGAUGAAUGGGUGGCUGCAAUAUCACAUGCCAGUUACAGAAACUUGGCCACCGAGCAUGAGACUCUCAUGCAAAAGUAUCUUCAUCUACUUCAGAUUGUGGAGACAGAGAAAACAGUUGCUAAGCAACUUCGACAACAGAUAGAAGAUGGGGAAAUAGAGAUUGAAAGGCUCAAAUCAGAGAUUGCUGGGCUACUCAAAGACAAUGAGAAGAUUCAUGCAAGUCCUGCGGCCGCUCCAUCUGAUGAUGACUCUGAAAUCAAGAAAAUCAAAAAAGUCCAGAGCUUCCUGCGAGGCUGGAUCUGCAGGAGGAAGUGGAAGACAAUCAUCCAGGAUUACAUCCGUUCACCACAUGCAGAGAGCAUGAGGAAGAGGAACCAGGUGGUGUUCAGCAUGUUGGAUUCCGAGGCUGAGUAUGUGCAGCAGCUUCAUAUAUUAGUGAACAACUUCCUGAGGCCGCUCCGCAUGGCAGCCAGCUCCAAGAAACCACCCAUCACCCAUGAUGACGUCAGCAGCAUAUUCCUCAACAGUGAAACUAUUAUGUUCCUACAUCAGAUAUUUUACCAGGGUCUCAAAGCCAGAAUAGCCAGCUGGCCAACAUUAGUGCUUGCCGACCUCUUCGACAUCCUUCUUCCCAUGCUGAAUAUCUACCAGGAGUUUGUGAGGAACCAUCAGUACAGCUUGCAGAUCCUGGCCCACUGCAAGCAGAACCGAGACUUUGACAAGCUGCUGAAGCAGUAUGAGGCCAAGCCUGACUGUGAGGAGAGGACUCUGGAGACCUUCCUCACCUACCCCAUGUUCCAGAUUCCUCGCUACAUCCUCACACUCCAUGAACUCUUGGCCCACACACCUCAUGAACAUAUCGAAAGAAACAGUCUGGACUAUGCCAAAUCCAAGCUAGAGGAGCUCUCCAGAAUUAUGCACGAUGAAGUGAGUGAGACUGAAAACAUACGGAAGAACCUGGCAAUAGAGCGCAUGAUCGUGGAGGGCUGUGAAAUCCUCCUGGACACCAGCCAGACUUUUGUGAGACAAGGGUCUCUCAUCCAAGUGCCGAUGAGUGAGAAGGGAAAGAUCACCCGUGGGCGACUGGGCUCUCUGUCCCUGAAGAAGGAAGGGGAAAGGCAGUGCUUUCUCUUCUCCAAGCACUUAAUCAUCUGUACCAGAGGUUCUGGGGGAAAGCUUCAUCUCACCAAGAAUGGAGUCGUCUCUCUCAUAGACUGUACUCUCAUGGAGGACCCUGAGGGAACAGAUGAUGAGUCUAAAUCAGACAAAAGCGGUCAGGAUAUGGAGCACCUGGACUUCAAGAUUGUGGUUGAGCCAAAGGACAGCCAGUCAUUCACAGUCAUCCUGGUUGCCUCCUCGAGGCAAGAGAAGUCUGCAUGGACCAGUGACAUCAGCCAGUGCAUAGACAACAUCCGCUGCAAUGGGCUGAUGAUGAACGCCUUUGAGGACAACUCCAAAGUCACAGUGCCACAAAUGAUCAAGUCUGAUUCAAGUUUGUACUGUGAUGACGUGGACAUCCGCUUCAGUAAAAUGAUGAACUCCUGCAAGGUGCUGCAGAUCCGCUAUGCCAGUGUGGAGCGCCUGCUGGAAAGGCUGACUGACCUUCGUUUUCUCUCCAUCGACUUCCUCAACACCUUCCUGCACUCCUAUCGUGUCUUCACCACUGCCGAUGUGGUUCUAGACAAACUCAUCACCAUCUACAAGAAGCCCAUCAGUGCCAUUCCUGCACGGUCCCUGGAGUUAUUCUUUGCGAGCAGUCAGAACAGUAAACUGCUUUAUGGAGAGCCUCCAAGUUCCCCCAGGGCCAGCAGGAAGUUCUCCUCCCCUCCUCCUCUUGCGAUCGCUAAGAAUUCAUCCCCAAACCGUCGGCGAAAGCUCUCCCUCAACAUCCCCAUCAUCACUGGGGGCAAAGCUCUUGACCUGGCUGCCCUCAGCUGCUCCUCAAACGGCUAUGCAAGCAUGUACUCAUCCAUGUCCCCAUUCAGCAAGACCACCUUGGAUAUCAACAAACUGUAUGUGUCCAGCCCGAUCACCAGCAAAAUCCCUGAUGAGGGCGAGGACAAGAAGGACAAGACAGAGGAGACAUCAAUGUGCAAACAAGAUCUUUCUGUACGAGAAGAAAGUGACAAUGAUCAAAAUCAGAGUGAUGAGGGGGAAGCAGAGGCUUCACCAACCAAGUCACCAACGACCCCAAAGAACAUCAAAUGCAAAAACUCCUCAGAGUUCUCUUUGUUUUCCUACAACAAUGGCAUGGUGAUGUCCUCAUGUCGAGAGCUGGACAACAACCGCAGUGCCCUCUCUGCUGCCUCUGCAUUUGCUAUUGCUACAGCUGGAGCCAAUGAGGGAACACCUACCAAGGAAAAAUAUCGGCGGAUGUCCCUUGCCAGUACUGGCUUCCCAACAGAUCAGAGAAAUGGGGACAAGGAGUUUGUGAUCAGACGAGCCGCGACCAACAGAGUCCUAAAUGUUCUGAGGCACUGGGUGUCCAAACACUCUCCGGACUUUGAAAGCAACAAUGAGCUAAAAACAAAAGUUAUUGCCUUCCUGGAUGAAGUAAUGCACGACCCUGAGCUGCUGACACAGGAGAGGAAAGCAGCCGCAAACAUCAUCAGGACCCUUACUCAGGAAGACCACGGUGACAACCAGAUAUCCCUGGAAGAUGUGACACUUCUGGUGGGAGGAGGGAGGGCUGAACCCUUUGAGAGUCACUCUGCAUUAGAGAUUGCAGAACAGCUCACUCUUUUGGACCACCUGGUGUUUAAGGUCAUCCCAUAUGAGGAAUUCUUUGGGCAAGGCUGGAUGAAGAAUGACAAAAAUGAGAAGACGCCAUACAUCAUGAGAACGACAAAGCACUUCAAUGAUAUAAGCAACCUGAUUGCCACAGAGAUCCUGCGCUGUGAGGAUGUGGUCACUCGUGUAUCGGUUAUAGAGAAAUGGGUUGCUGUAGCCGACAUCUGUCGCUGUCUCCACAACUACAACGCUGUGCUUGAGAUCACCUCCUCCCUCAACCGCAGCUCUGUCUUUCGCCUCAAGAAGACCUGGCUCAAAGUUUCAAAGCAGACAAAAGCACUGAUUGACAAACUGCAGAAGCUGGUGUCAUCCGAAGGCAGGUUCAAAAACCUGAGAGAGGCUUUGAAGAAUUGUGAUCCACCCUGCGUGCCCUAUCUAGGGAUGUACCUCACUGACUUGGCUUUCAUCGAGGAGGGAACACCAAACUACACGGAAGACAACUUGGUCAACUUCUCCAAGAUGAGAAUGAUUUCUCACAUCAUCAGAGAGAUCAGACAGUUUCAGCAAACAGCAUACAAGAUUGACAUGCAACCAAAGGUAGCCCAGUAUUUACUGGAUAUGAGCUCUGUUCUGGAUGAAGAAAGCAUGUACGAAUCCUCACUCAGAAUUGAGCCCAAAGUGCCCAACUAAUAUUGAAGUUGGACCACCACAUUAUUUUCCCUGCUAAUACUUCACAUGAGUUGACCAACACAUCCAUUUGUAUAGUUGUACAUGUUUAAUAUUUACUCUUCUGUACAGUAGAUGUUUGAGGUUGUUUGAAACCACAAAACCUUACAGUAGAUUUUUUUUCUUACUGCCGCAAUGGCGCAACCUGCUUGAGUUUAAUUUUCUCUUUGUGUUUUACAGCAUAAUAACAGAGGUCACUAAAUGAACACAACAAUGUUGUCUCUGUGACCAAUGACAUUAUUUUGCAUCAUCUCAUACUGUGUCAACUUUGCACUUUCUGAGCAUUUGUGCUGCCAGCUGUCAUUCUCUUUGCUUGAGUUUUAUUGAUGACUGAGUUUCUCUGCAACCAAUGUAGCACUGUAAAAAUGUAACUGCAUCAAAUCAGGUAAAAGAGCACAGAGAAUUUAACUCCAUUAAAAGACAAGGAACGAUAAUGGGUGGAGAUAAUGACAGCAAGGUUUCUGAAGCAUAGCUGUCAGUGAGCUUCCUAGACCAAAAAAAAAGGCAUUUCUGUCUUCAUUUCAUCUCAAAACUCUAAUGUCAGGGGUUCAUAGCUGACUUUUACACCACAAACCAUUUUUAUACGGUCAAUUGUGUUGUAUAAUACCCUUAUUUAAAAACAUACAGCUAGCACAAGCAUGCUAAAAUUUUCAAAAAGGAAAUGUAAAAAAUGUUGAGUUUACCAUUUCGGCAAUCUUUGUUAAUCGAAGAUCUAACUAAAAAAUAGUGCUUGAUAAGAAGCAAGCAAUCAUCUGAUAUUAUAAUAAAAUCAACCUAAGGGGGAGAUAAAUGCCUAACCCAUUGGUCUUGACAGCCAUUCAACAGCUGGAAGGACAUUUCAGUGAAAAAACCAUUAAUGCAAAGCUUAAGGUGGCACCAGAGGGAAAAAAAGGAGGGGUCAGCAAAGUUAGGGUUAGGGUUAACCCUCUAGGAACCAAAUUUCAGUAAAGUCCAUCGAGUAUUUGCAAUAUUUCAGUCCAGAUCCUAUAAGUAAUUCUCGUUAACCAGCAGACUGGAAUCACAUUCACCCAAGCUAUACUGCAAGCAUGGCUAAAAUCAGUAUCUUUUUACUGAGAGCAUGACACACAUAGUAAUAAUGCAGAUUUUAAAAAUCACUUCACAGCUAUUCUAGAUAUAAUGCAGAGUUAUUCAGUUUUUCUUUGCCAGCAGCAAACAAAACUUUGAAAAGUAACAUACAAUGAUGGUCUGGAACCUCUGCACUGAAAUACACAUCUUCAUUAACCUGAGAAUGAUUUUCUGUAAAGCAACACACUUUUUAGUCUUAAACAGUUCAUUUAUAUUCACCAAUUCAUAACAGAUGUUAUCUUUAAGACAUGUAACGAAAAGAACAGAUCUAGACCACAGUCUUUGCUGAAUGUCUUUUUUCUUAUCUUAUCACAUGUGGAGCCCAAACCCACCUUAGACAUACAGUAAGUUACGUUUCUCUUUAGAUUUUGGUUUGUUCAAUACUUGCAUAAAAGUACGAUUUCUCUGAAAGACUGCUAAGAUUUGAGGUGUUAGAAAUCUCACCUUAUCGUUACAAUUAAAAUUACAGCACAACGAGAUCUCCUAAUGCUCAAAUUUCUUGGUUUUGGUUCACCUUAUGAGAAAAGUGGAAAAUGUUGUAUCUUCAGGUUUGGCGAUACUUCUGUAGAGUAAAAGGUUGUUGCUCUUCUGUAAUUAAAUGACAAUCUGUCCUUUUUGCUGUUCCAGUGAUUGUGGAACGUGACUGUAUAUCACUCUGUUAUAUGCAUUGCUGUUUAAAUUAUGAUCAAAAUGUAUGUGAAUGACCUCUGCCUGCAGCAUUCAAACACUAUUUUUGUAGUAGUAUAAGAGAGUAACCUGCUCUUUCUAUGUACAUGGGAAAGUAUUUUGUACUUUGUUGUUAAUUCACCUCACUGAGAUGUGCUGUACAUUUUGUACAUGCAGCCCUGCAUAUUUCUCAAUGUGGAACCGUGUACUCCUUUUAAAAAAACAAACAAAAAAGUUGUAGCUCAAGCUUAAACAAAAAACGCUACAAUAGUGUGGUCCUGAAAUCAUGACUUGGAGGUAGGAGACAACUUUAAAGUGUUUUGCAUUUAUACUGUAAUCCUGUCUAUAACCAUUUCUGUUAGCAGGAAUAUAGUAAUGUAGUGCUUAUUCUGUGAAUAUUUGUAUGUAUUUUUACUAUGUAUGUACAGUACACUUUUGAAGCUCAUAUGGCAGGCAUGCAACACCUUCACAGACAGAAUAUUACUAUAUACUUAUACUGUAUACACUUAUACAUGCACAUACUCUUAUAAGAUAUAUAAACAAAUAAACAUUUUGCUGUUAGCAAUACCCAGUGGUAUGAAAAUUAUCUUUCAACCCUCAUGUUUCCACACCUCAAGAAAUAUUAUCACUUUUGUAAGAAAAAAAUUAAAAGACAACUAAAGAAAAGAUAUGAUGAUGAUAAUGAAUAAACAAAAAAUAUUGUUUCCCAGUUACCUCUUGCUAAUAAAUCCAUUUUAUAUCAGGGGCCUUUUGUCUCAAGUGUUUUUGUAAAUCAUCUAUCGCUUUAAAGGGCUGAA